CACGCUCCACGACGGAGAUGUUUUCAUGGAGCUGCAGAGGGGAACAAACUGCGAGAGGUCUCACUCUGAGCGGCUUUACAUAACCCACUGCUCAGAAAGUGGCGGAGAAGCUGCGGCACAGAAAGACCAAGGCAUCUCAAAAAGCAGAGACGAUCGUUGUACAAAUCUGUUGGAUAAAUCAGCUGUUGGACAAAGUGGAAGAGACACAGAGGACAGAGAGGACACAUGUCCAUCAGCUGGAGACGCCACUAAGCAGAAGCUGUUAAAGAACCAAACCCAGAAUCUACCUGUCUCCUCACCUGUCCUCAGCAGGUUCCGGCUCCCUGCAGGAACACCUGGCCACGCCCCCUCAGACUCCCUUCUCUCUCGCUCUCCGCCUGUCUCUUUAAAGCUCUCCGCCCUGCCCCUAGCGCUCAGUGCGCAUGCGCCUGUCCUCAGCAUGGCAGCAGCGGAACCGGACUCUCCUCUCUACCUGGGCCUGGACUUCAGCACCCAGCAGCUGAAGGCAGUGGCCAUCGAUGGAGACCUGGGCCCGGUCCAUCAGGACAGCGUGCAGUUCGACUCAGAGCUACCUGAGUUCAGGACUCAUGGAGGAGUUCACAUCCAUCCUGACGGGCUGACGGUCACCUCACCUGUGCUCAUGUGGGUCAAGGCUCUGGACCUGCUGCUGGACAGGAUGAAGGCGGCGGGAUUCGGGUUCUCCCGGGUCCGGGCACUGUCCGGUUCCGGCCAGCAACAUGGCGCCGUGUUCUGGAGGACUGGAGCGGCUCGGACUCUGACCCAGCUGGACCCGGGUCAGAACCUGCACCAGCAGCUGACGGACAGCUUCUCAGUCCAGGACAGUCCCGUGUGGAUGGACUCCAGCAGCGGGCUGCAGUGUGAUGCCCUGCAGGAGGCAGCAGGGGGCGCCAUGAGGCUGGCAGACAUCACUGGAUCCCGAGCCUAUGAGCGCUUCACAGGAAACCAGAUCUCCAAAGUGCGGCAGACCCGACCGGACCAGUUCCAGGACACUGAGAGGAUCUCAUUGGUCAGCAGCUUCGGGGCAUCUCUCUUCCUGGGUCGCUACGCUGCCAUCGACUACAGCGACGGUUCUGGGAUGAAUCUGUUGGACAUCCGGGACAGGAUGUGGUCUCAGAUCUGCCUGGACGCCACGGCAACCAACCUGGAGCGCCUGCUGGGAGAGCCGUGUCCGUCCACUGCUGUCCUGGUAACUGGGUUAACUGGUUUACUGCUCUUUACUGGUUCCUUCCUGUCCCUACUGGUCCUUCUUGGUGUUGCAGGGCCCCGUUUCGUCCUUUCUGCAGCAUCGCUAUGGUUUCUCUGGGAGCUGCAGCAUUGUGGCGUUCACUGGAGACAACCCAGCGUCUCUGGCAGGAAUGUGUCUCCAUCAAGGGGACAUCGCGGUGAGUCCAGGCUGUCCUCCAUGUCUCCGUCCUCCGUGUCUCUGAGUCCUCUCUCUCUCCAGGUCAGUCUGGGGACAAGCGACACGCUCUUCCUGUCCCUCUCUGAGCCGCGUCCGUCCCUGGAGGGACACGUCUUCUGCAACCCGGUGGAGCCCGACGGCUUCAUGGCUCUCCUGUGCUUUAAGAAUGGCUCUCUGACCCGGGAACGAGUCCGGGACCGCUGCUGCUCCGGGUCCUGGGACGUUUUCUCCCAGGCGCUGGACGGGACACCGCUGGGGAACCACGGCAACAUUGGCUUUUAUUUUGACACCAUGGAGAUCACGCCUCCCGCCGUUGGUCUGCAUCGCUUUGAUGCCAACGACCGCCAGGUGUCCUCCUGGAGUCCAGAGCUGGAGGUCCGGGCUCUGGUGGAGGGACAGUUUCUGUCCCGCCGGCUCCACGCUGAGAGACUCGGAUACUCCAUCGGGUCCGGCACUCGGGUUCUGGCCACCGGUGGCGCUUCGGCCAACAGGCAGAUUCUGCAGGUUCUGUCCGACGUCUUCAACGCUCCGGUUUACACCAUCGACCUGUCGGACUCUGCCUGCUUAGGCUCCGCCUACCGAGCUCUCCAUGGUUUAGUGGCCGAUUCCGGAGUCUCCUUCCUGGACCUGCUGAGGAACGCUCCAGAACCUCAGCAGGUGUGCCGCCCGCACCGCAGCGCUCCACAGGUUUACGACCCGAUGUUGAGGCGCUUCGCUGAGCUGGAGCAGAAGGUUCUGGAGAAGAGCCGCUUCUGAGACUGGCCGGCCAAUCAGGAGGCUGCGUUGGACCUCCUGGUUACUCUGGUGACUGGUUCUGCUCUGACUGGACGGAUCCGAUGGUUCUGGAUCCUCCGGAGGGAAACGGGUCAAACUGAUUUCUGUCGUUUCUAGUUUCUAAUAAUAAAAUCAGAUUAAAAACAUC